AUGGACGUCGAGGGCUGCGGCUCCUCCUUCAUCGGCGGCGGCUCCAUCAAGGUGGAGAUGUCGUCGGACGAGGAUUCCCGGAGCCGCGGAGCCGCCGAGGAUUCGCCCCCGGAGCCGUUCCCGGAUCCGCCCGGGAUUCGCCUUCCCAACGGGAAACUACAGUGUGACAUCUGCGGGAUGCUGUGCAUCGGCCCCAACGUGCUGAUGGUGCACAAGCGCAGCCACGCCGGUCAGAAUUCCCAAAAAAACCCGGGAAUUCUGCGAAAAAAUGGGAAUUCUGGGGUCUGGGAGUGGGAUCUGAGCCCCUGGAAUGGGGAAUUUGGGAAUUCUGGGGUCGGGAAUUUGGGAAUUCCGGAGUGCGGGAUGCUGUGCAUCAACCCCAACGUGCUGAUGGUGCACAAGCGCAGCCACGCCGGCGGCUCCAUCAAGGUGGAGAUGUCGUCGGACGAGGAUUCCCGGAGCCGCGGAGCCGCCGAGGAUUCGCCCCCGGAGCCGUUCCCGGAUCCGCCCGGGAUUCGCCUUCCCAACGGGAAACUACAGUGUGACAUCUGCGGGAUGCUGUGCAUCGGCCCCAACGUGCUGAUGGUGCACAAGCGCAGCCACACCGGAGAACGGCCGUUCCAGUGCCAGCAGUGCGGCGCCUCGUUCACGCAGAAGGGAAAUCUCCUGCGUCACAUCAAGCUGCACUCGGGGGAGAAACCCUUCAAGUGUCCCCUGUGCUCCUACGCCUGCCGGCGCCGCGACGCGCUCAGCGGCCACCUCCGGACACACUCCGUCUCGUCCCCCACGGUGGGGAAGCCGCACAAGUGCAGCUCCUGCGGCCGCAGUUACAAGCAGCAGAGCAGCCUGGAGGAGCAUCGGGAGCGCUGCCACAGCUUCCUCAGGAGCCUCCCUGGCCAGAGCCCCGCACACACAGGAGAGGAAAUCCGGGAGCUGGACAUGGUGCCCGAGGCGUUGCUGCAUCCCGAGCGUCCCACCUUUAUCGAGCGCCUGGCGGGGAGCUUCACUAAGAGGAAACGAUCCACGCCGCAGAAAUUUGUGGGCGAGAAGCAGAUGCGCUUCGCCCUCUCCGACCUCCCUUUCGACGUGAGCCCCGCGUUCGACAAGGACGUGGAGGUGGUUCCAUCCCGCUCUCACGGCCUGGAGCCCCCCUACUCCAGCCCCCUGUCCCUGCUGGGCGCCGGCGACGCGCUGCGGCCCCUCCGCCUGGCCACCAACUGCAUCACCGAGGUGACGCCGGUCAUCAGCUCCGUCUACACCCAGAUCCAGGCUCUGCCCGCCCGCCUGGAGCUGCCCCGCGGCCGCGACGACCCCGCCGAGCCCAUCCCCGUCAUCUUCCGCGGCGGCCGCGGCGACGCCGCCUCGCCCUCCAACGGCUGCCAGGAUUCCACGGACACCGAGAGCGUGCAGGAGGAGCGGCCGGGCGGGCGGCACAGCCCGGCUUUCACCAAGGAGGAGCCCAAGGAGGAGCCCGAGGGGGCGGCUCGGUGUUUCCCCAAGGAGUCUCUGCGGGUGCUGAACGAGGAGGGGGAGCAGCUGCGGGCGUUCUGCUGCGAGCACUGCAGGGUGCUGUUCCUGGACCACGUCAUGUUCACCAUCCACAUGGGCUGCCACGGCUUCAGGGACCCUUUCGAGUGCAACAUCUGCGGCUACCGCAGCCAGGACCGCUACGAGUUCUCCUCGCACAUCGUGCGUGGUGAGCACAAGAUCUGAGCUGGGGGGGGGGAUGCG